AUGAGCGUCCUACUCGAAACUUCUCUCGGGGACAUUGUCAUUGAUCUCUUGGUCGAUGAGUCCCCGAAACCAUGUGAAAACUUCCUGAAGCUAUGUAAAGUCAAGUACUAUAAUUUCUCGCCCGUUCACAGCGUGCAAAAAGGCUUUACAUUCCAGACCGGAGAUCCCAUCGGCCCCGAAUCCCCCGAAAGCGACGGCGGCUCGUCGAUUUGGGGCCUUCUGGAAGGCCCGCCGAAAAGAACCUUCCCCCUCGAGAUCCCCCCGAAGUUGAAACAUGACGAACGCGGAACGGUCAGUAUGGCCACGGUGCCGUCGCCGCACGACGACGAUCUACGCCUCGCUGCGAGUCAGUUCAUCGUGACGCUAGGAGACAAUUUGGACUACCUGGACGGCAAAGCGGUGCCGUUUGGAAAAGUGGUGGAGGGGUUCGACGUCCUCGAAAAGGUCAAUGAUUCUUUCAUCGAUGAUCGAGGACGACCACUGAAAGACAUUCGGAUUCGCCAUACCGUCGUCCUAGACGAUCCCUUCGACGACCCGCAGGGCCUGACGGAGCCGCCGAACAGCCCUGUACCGUCGAAGGCACAGCUGGCGACUGUGCGGAUUGCCGACGAUGAGGAUCUGGAUGACAACAUGGACGAAGAGUCCAUGGAAACGCUUCGCCGAGAGCGCGAGGCAAGAGCUCAGGCGCUCACGUUGGAAAUGGUUGGGGAUCUUCCAUUUGCCGAGGUUAAACCGCCAGAGAACGUCUUGUUUGUCUGCAAGUUGAAUCCCGUCACGCAAGAUGAGGAUCUUAACUUGAUCUUUAGUCGCUUUGGUCGCAUCCUCUCAUGCGAGGUUAUCCGAGAUAAACGUACAGGGGACAGUCUACAAUAUGCCUUCAUUGAGUUUGAGCACCAGAAGGAUUGCGAACAAGCCUACUUCAAGAUGCAAGGCGUCUUGAUCGACGAUCAUCGCAUCCACGUAGAUUUCUCUCAAAGUGUGUCAAAACUAUCCGACAGCUGGCGGAACGCUACGAUUUCCAAGCGCAGUGGUCAACGGGGUGGAUUUGGAGGCGUAGCUGGCCUGGAGAAAAAGCGUCAGUACCGGACGUCCGAAAACAACCCUCCAGCCGGAGUCCUCCAAGGGGGAGCUCGUAUCGUGAGCGGAGACCCAGCCGAAGCCCGCGGCGCGGUUCCAAUCGAGAUCGGUACCGAGAUCGAUCAUACAGCCGAAGUCCCCCGCGGGAGAAGAAUCGGGAUCGAUACAACGACCGCGAGCGGCGCGGACGAGACGGUCGGAGUGACGAUCGAUACCGGCAACGUGAGCGUCGUUGAGUCUAUCCAGCAUAUACUGACGAGAGUCGGUGAAACCGGCCCCACGACGCUGCUCGACGGCGCACCCCGCCGUGGUGGGCGUGAUUGGCCGGUCGCAUCUGAAUGGUGGCUGUCCAUGGAAGCCAGUCCCUAA